GGCGGAUUGCCCUUCCUCAAGAUGGCGUCGAAGAUGGGUUCGCGACGGUGGAUGUUGCAGCUGAUCAUGCAGUUGGGUUCUGUGUUGCUCACACGCUGCCCCUUCUGGGGCUGCUUCAGCCAGCUCAUGCUGUAUGCUGAGAGGGCCGAGGCGCGCCGGAAGCCUGACAUCCCAGUACCCUACCUGUACUUCGACAUGGGGGCAGCCGUGCUGUGCGCUAGCUUCAUGUCCUUUGGAGUGAAGCGGCGCUGGUUCGCGCUGGGGGCCGCACUCCAGCUUGCCAUUAGCACCUAUGCCGCCUACAUCGGGGGCUACGUCCACUACGGGGACUGGCUGAAGGUCCGUAUGUACUCACGUACAGUUGCCAUCAUCGGUGGCUUUCUUGUGCUGGCCAGCGGUGCUGGGGAGCUGUACCGUCGGAAACCCCGCAGCCGUUCCCUCCAGUCCACCGGCCAGGUCUUCCUGGGCAUCUACCUCGUCUGUGUGGCCUACUCACUGCAGCACAGCAAGGAGGACCGGCUGGCGUAUCUGAACCAUCUCCCGGGCGGGGAGCUGAUGGUCCAGCUCUUCUUCGUGCUCUAUGGCGUCCUGGCCCUGGCCUUCCUGUCGGGCUACUACGUGACCCUGGCUGCCCAGAUUUUGGCUGUCCUGCUGCCCCCGGUCAUGCUGCUCAUUGACGGCAAUGUGGCCUACUGGCACAACACGCGACGCGUUGAAUUCUGGAACCAGAUGAAGCUCCUUGGAGAGAGUGUGGGCAUCUUCGGGGCCGCUGUCAUCCUGGCCACUGACGGCUGAGUUGAGCAGCGCGAGUCUGAGAAUUGGGGGCAGGGAGCCACUGAAGGCCACCCUCCAUUCCUCCUUGCUGGCCCAGUUAUGUUUAUUUAUGCUUUUUGGUCUGUUUGUUUGAUCCUUUGCGUUAUGUGCAUGUGUGUGUGUGUAUGUUGGCAAGAGGCAGGUCUCUUCCCCAGUUCCUGGGCUCAGGCCUUGGUGGGGUGGGAGCCCUGAUGACUCUGCCCUACGGGUUUCCUUUUCCUGUUUGUUCUGAGGAGAGCUGAGGCCAGCUGUUCUCCUGGGUCUCCUGUCCCAGGAAACGGAGUAAGGCAGGGCUGUGGGGGCAGGGGUUGAGGGCAGGGAACACUGAGAGUGGGAGACAGAGGGAGGAAGACCAAGAACCGGAAGUGAGCCAGUGUGAAAGAUCCCUCUUUGAGCCUGGCAGAUGCAGCUAGGCUCUGCAGUGCUUUUCUGAGACUGACACCGAGUAUUGACACCUGAAUCAGGCCCAGGUGGAGUAGAGGGGCUGUGCACUACGGAAGUCGUGGGCUCUCAGGGUGUGCCAGGAGCAGACACAGCACUAGCUGUCACCCACCUCGAGGGCAGAGCAGGCCCCAGUCUACUCUGGAGUGUGCAGGGGUGGGGCAGGCAGGCGCCAACUGCCUGCCUCUGGCCUUCUGUUUCCAGCUCUGUGGUUGGCCUGCUGUGGGUGAGUGCCCUCCCAAACACCAGACCACACAGUCCUCCAAAAUUAAACAUUUUAUAUA